UGACUUCAUGCGGCCGGAGCCGGGCGGCGGGAGCAGCUGCUGCAGCUGGCAGGUGGGCUGGGGGCCGGCGGAGCUGACCGGGCACACGGCCCCUCGCGGCUGCACUGUGGCCCCCCGGGCGCCGCCCGGGACAGGUGCUGACUCGAUCCGGAGAAGUUUACUGAGUUUCUGGAAAGGCCUGGUUUUCCCAAAGGAGCAACUUCUCUGAAGAAGUCUGAGGUCUGAUCCAAGAAAGAAAAAAGAUUCCAUUAUAGCCAAUUAAUUAAGGACAGAAGGUUUCCAAUCAGUCCCUGCUAUGUGGAUAUUUGUUAGCAAUGACUGAUGUGGAAACUACAUAUGCAGAUUUUAUUGCUUCAGGAAGAACAGGUAGAAGAAAUGCAAUACAUGAUAUCCUGGUUUCCUCUGCAAGCGGCAAUAGCAAUGAAUUAGCCUUGAAAUUAGCAGGUCUUGAUAUCAACAAGACAGAAGGUGAAGAAGAUGGACAGCGAAAUUCGACGGAGCAAAGUGGGGAAGCCCAGGGGGAAGCAGCAAAAUCUGAAAGCUAACACCCCACUUUGAUCUUCAACAGCAUCUGACAAUGUCUCAAAUCUCUAGGCCUGGCUGGAAUACAUUUGUUUCCAAGAGUAAAAAGGGGAAAAAGAAAAUGGUUGUGCUGCAUUGUAGGAACCUGCUCAUUAUCAUGUUAAAAAUGGGGGCAGAGGCUGUGGGUGCAGACAGACUUUUCUCUACCUCUGUCAUUAGCAAUGGUUGACAGCAUGUGGCUUGUGUUUGGAUGUAAUUUUUGUAUGGGUCCUUUCACUUGACCAUAUGAUGAAAUGCUUGCAGAGAGUAGCACCGACCUAGAUGACGAUUCUUCCUGUAGCAUCUGGCCCUUCACAAUGUCAGAGGAUUUAAUUGUGUCUAUUUGCAAUGGGUUGGUUGAGCCCCAGAGUUUAAAUAUCUCUGGUCCAAGUAUUUACCCAGUAAAAGAACCAUCCAGAAAGCACUGUUUUUGGCAUCAUGUAUUUGUGUGUCCUUGCUGUGUUAUUUACAGUUUUAUAUUGUACAAUAUAGAUGCUCAGCACUGCCCCUUUCUCUGAUUGCUUAUGAAAAACAAAAAUGAUGUACGUUACUGUGAAUUUUUAUACCACUCAUUUUUAAAAGGGCUGCCUUCUUUUCCAUCUCCAUGGGGUGAUGGUGUACACAGGAUAGAACACACUUUCUUUUUAACUCAGUCUUUCCCCUUGAUUCACUGUUGAUUAAUUAAGUCAGAUUAAUUAAUCAAGACUCCUUUUCUUUACUACACAGACAUUAAAAAAUAUCCAUUAAUGUGAAUAUUACCUGAAAUCAGUCUGUUUGGUGUCUACAUAGGCCAGAAUUCAAUCUGCAAAUUUUGUUUUAUUUCAAAAUAGAUAAUUUUUUCCAACAAAUAUUUUUAUUUUAAAUUAGGAGGAUUUGGGAUAAUUGGGAAGGUGGGAAAGAAAGCCAAGAUAAUACAAAGAAUUGGAAAUAUUUAGUUCUUAAAUGGAAUCAAAUUUCUCAUAAUGUUGUAUGCUACUAUUUAAAUUUAGAGGAGCUGCAAAAGAUGGAAAAUAAUUUCUCCAUGCAAUCAUGUGGACACCAAUCACAAAAGUGAUCCCUUGUGUUGUGUUUUUCAUGUCUUUUUCAGCCCUAUCAAAUCCACAUAUUAUUAAGCACUUUUUAAUGUUUGUAAAUUUUACUAAUAAUUAGUGUGAAUUGCUUUCUGAUACAAUAAUAAUCAUUAGAAGCUGACAAAAUCCUCAUUAAUAAUGUUGAUGGCCUCUGCUGU